AUUUAUUGACCAGUUCGUUCUAACAACCUUGCGAAGAAGUAUGGUAAUGAGUUUUGUUGUGUUUUGCCCCCUCGCUUAGACUUGGUUAAUAAGAAUAGUUGGAUGCGAAUCAAAACUAGAGUGUUUGCGACAUCCGGUUUGCCGAGAUGAAAGUAAGUUGGAAGAAGACAACGAAGAAGAAGCGUUGUUUGGAGGCGUUGCCACAGUUCACCGACCUGCCUUUCGAGCACAAUCAAGACGAGCAUCCCCUUUACCCUCAGCCCCAUCCAGAACACUCGCAUGGCUCGGAGGAAGCACGACAACUUGCUAAGGUAUUUCAAGCUCAGGGAGACAAGCUUGCUCUGGAUGGGAAGUACCGGGAAGCACUGGCUAAAUGGGAAUCUGCUCUUACUUUGACCCCUGAUCUUUCAGUUUUGCAUGAACAAAAGGCGCAAGUAUUACUGGAAAUUGGAGAUGCUUGGAAUGCAUUGAAGGCUGCCACACGAGCUACAGAACUGGAGCCAUCGUGGGCUGAGGCUUGGCUCACACUUGGCAGAGCACAGCUGAACUUCGGUGAGCCAGAUAAUGCUAUUGAAAGCUUCGACUCAGCUUUAGCUCUCAAGCCUGAUUUUGAGGAAGCACGGGAUGAUAGGAAAACUGCGUUGCAUCUCGUGAAAAAGAGAAAGCAACUUCAAUCUAGUGACACCAGUACUCGUUAUGUGGUAGGCAAUAAGGGUGAAAGCUCAUGAAGCUUUCUGCAACAGGGAAGAAAAUUAAUUAUCCAAAUAUUCCAUUUGUUGCGUAUCCAAUUGUGAUUUGUGAACAACUUCGCAUAAACUUAGUGGGUUACUAGUUAAAUCAGUCCAGUAAUAAUUAAAUAAAUAUAUAAAAUUAUAAUAAAAUUUAAAAUUUAAAUAAUAAAAGAAAUGAAAAUAAUAUUUAGAAUUUAUUGUGUGUAAAAUAAAAUAUAUGAAAUAGGAUUUAUUUUGACAUUUAUAUUUUAUAGCGUAUUGGAAAAAUAAAACAUAUAUGGUACAAGAUAUAGUAUAGAUAUUUUAUUUUGCACUAUAUAUGUUAUUAAUACGACCUAGUAGAGCACCAUUUUUGAAUAAAUGGUUGUGUAUCCUCCGUUGGUGGCCAUGUACCUGUAAAGUUCAUGAAACGGUUUUGACGAGGGUUUGUUGUGAACUUGUUGGUUUUGACUGUGUUAAAUAAAAUGUACAUGUGGUUUGAUGCUUGGACCGAA